AUGGAACUUUCAUCUAAGUGUGAGUGCCCUAGCUGUUUGGAAGGUAGUCAGAGUGAGUCUGACUGGAAUUACUCUUCCAGAAAGAGAGGCGAUGGCACUUCAUACGCAAGAUUAAGUAAGAAAUCCACACUCUCUCCCAUCAUGCAACGCUUUCUUUCUCAGUGUUGUUCUAAUGAACUGGAGAGCACUAACAAGGAAGACUUCACAUUUCUCACUUCAGAGGAGGAAAGUUCUGUGGACUUCUCUCAAACACAAAAUCUCAGCCAGACAUCAAAGAAGACCAAACCAUUGAGAGAGCUGACUAUCCAAGAACUACUGAGCAAGUUUGGAGACAGCGCGAAGCUUCCGCCACAUUCUGUGUCCUUGAGCCAUUUUAGAGAUCACGUGGUUGUGAAGUUUAGAAGAGCUCUGUAUUAUUCUGGAAUCUGGGUAAAAUACGUCCAGGGCUCUGGAUUGAAAAGGUACUUUUCAGCACACUAUUUUAAAAGAAAUCCUAGUAGCCUGCACCGGCUGAUUCCCUGGCUGAAACGGGAACUCACAGCUAUCUGUGGAGACUAUGGCUACACAGUGAAGAAUAUUCUGACUGCCAUUCUCCAACACAUGACAAAAUUUAACCUGGACAGUGAAUCUUUCACACACCUACUGGAGCCUUAUCUCCUUCAAUACACCCAGCACUUUCUGCAUGAGUUUAUCAGUUUCGUUUAUUCAUCUUACAACAUGGAGACCUACGACCGCAACGCCAUCUAUCAGUGUCCUGUUUCAACGUGGGUGAAAAAGAAGAACAUUGUUUCAACCCCAGCCUUGUCUUUCCCAGAGAAUCUCUCCUUCAUGAAAUCUCAACAAGGCAUAAAGCAGUCCAAAAAGACCUGGAAUAAGACUGGGCAGAGCUCUGACUCUGGCUUGAAACAGUUUCCUAAGGGUCAUUCCUCAAAAAAUUCCCAAAACUUAACAACUUACCAGAAACCAGCAAACGAACACUAUGUUUGGAACAAAGAUGAGUGGGGAUCAGAUGAUUUCAAAGACGUGGUUUGUACUACUAAUUCACUGAAUUGGGCUUAUCUCAGGGAAAGCAGGCCAGAUAACGAGUGUUAUAGAAACAAUAACCAAGAGAAAAAGUCAGAAGGCACAAAGCUACUUCCUGGCCACAUCCAGGAUUUAAAGAGGCAUGAAACAAGUCCACACACCUUUAAAGCAUUGGUGGAUUCUAAUCAGGCACCCCCAAUAAAGUACAAUAUAAGGGAAACAAAUGUUUUGAAUCCUGGCCAACAGGUAUAUUAUCAGAAAAAAGAAGCAGAGCAAAAGAAGCUUGAAGAAUCAUCACUAAAGUCUUUUCAAAGAUUGCCCAGAGAAAGAACCUUGAUAAGCAGCAAAUUCAGAGAGAGUGGUCAUUCUUGUCAUUGUGUCUCAGAAAAUAGCACCUCUCCUACUAUAAAUGAUAAGAUGCUGGUUUCUAUUAAGAAAAAGACAGUAAGGUGCAGCCAGUCUUCCCAAUGUGUAGAAGUUGGUUCACACCUCAGUAGAAGAGCCCAAAGACAAUACAGUCCCAGGACACCCAGAUCCAAAUCCUGGUGUGUUAGAUCUAGAAAGCAAUCUGUGAGCAGAGGUCAGAGUAGUCUCUCUCUGAGGGAAAGUCACAGAAGCAAGAACUGUGGACUGUCAAGAGGAAGUGCUCAUGGCUGUGAAUCAGCCUACAGGGUGACAUCUUUGAGCCCAGUCCACCAUGUCCAGGUUUGUUUAACAGAUGGAAAGAGAUGUAAAUGCGCCUCUACAGGUGAAGGUGAAUCUCAAAUUGGAGGACAUUGUGACAGUCUCUCAUGCCUACAGAUCGAGAAAUGUCAGUCUCUGAGUAAGCAUAAUCUGAAGGGGAAGCACCUAGUUGGUAGAGUUAGGAGAAUCAGACCACUUAGGCACAAAAAACCCAAAUACCAGUGUGUAGGUACACAAACCACAACAGAGUUCAGUGAUGACUUGGAGGAUCUCAAGGAUAAAGGCCAAAAAGGAAUUGUCAUUCUGAAUGUGUGA